UAUCACGACGCUGAUAAAGAGAAACAGCCAAAACCAUUUGCAGACUCUCUCCCAUACCCGACCCGAGAAAUUUCCAAACAAACCACAACGCACACACGGAGGCUCACACAGAGCUUGGAAUAUGAGAAGAAUCUGACGAAGAAGAAGAAGAUAAGGCAAGCUACAUAUGACGAUGAUGACGCUGCACAGAAAAAAGCUCAGAAGCUCGCGAAGAACCACUGCCAAGUCAGAUUUCUUCGACGGCUUACCGGACGAUCUCGUCGUCUUCAUCCUCUGCAAGCUCAGCUCCUCCGCCUCUUCACCGUCCGAUCUCAUCAACAUCCUCAUCACGUGUAAAAGAUUGAAUCGCUUGGGACUUCACUCUGUGGUAUUAUCCAAAGCCGGUCCCAAAGCAUUUGCUAUCAGAGCCAACAACUGGUCCGAUUCGGCUCACCGUUUUCUCAAACAGUGCGUGAGCGCCGGUAACAUCGAAGCUUGCUACACUCUCGGGAUGAUCCGAUUUUACUGUUUGCAAAACCGAGGGAGUGGAGCUUCACUCAUGGCGAAAGCGGCGAUGAGAUCUUACGCUCCGGCGCUGUACUCGCUGGCCGUGGUUCAGUUCAACGGCAGCGGGGGCUCCAAGAAGGAGAAGGACCUGCGAGCCGGCGUAGCUCUCUGCGCUCGAGCCGCCUCGCUCGGCCACGUAGACGCGCUUCGAGAACUCGGCCAUUGCCUCCAGGACGGUUACGGAGUCAAGCAAAACGUCACCGAGGGACGCCGCUUGCUAGUCCAGGCCAACGCACGGGAGCUCGCGUCCGUUUUACGCUCCGCCACGUGGCGGUCCCACCACUACCAGCACUUGUACUCGUGCCUCACGGGGCUGGUCAGCUGCCCGCUGCUGAGUGACUUCGGCUGUAACGUUCCGGCCCCGGAGCUCCACCCGGCGAACCGGUUUUUGAAAGAGUGGUUCGGCUCGGGUCGGGGAAUUUCGGGGCAGGGGAUGAGACUGUGCUCGCACGUGGGGUGCGGGAGGCCCGAGACGAGGCCGCACGAGUUUAGGAGGUGCUCGGUUUGUGGUACGGUGAAUUAUUGCUCACGUGGGUGUCAAGCGCUUGAUUGGAAGCUGAGGCACAAAGUCAAGUGUAAGCCGAUCGAACGGUGGCUGGGUGUUGAUGCUGAGUUAGGGGGACUGGUGGAGGGUGGAGAUGGUGAGAAUGUGGCCGUUGGAUAAUGAAUUAUUAAUAAUAAAAAAAGGACAAGAAAAAAGAGAGAAAUUUAAUUAAUUUGGUUGCGCUUGGUUUUCCUCUUUUUUCUUUUGGCAAAUUACAGAUGUACGAUAUACAGAACAGAAGGGGCAAUAUUUACCUUUAGAUAUGAAUUAAUAUUUAUGUUGGGGCC